UCCUCUUCUUAAUUCAGAAUCUCGUUUCGCCUGAAGCUGCCUCUUAAUCUUGGUUUUGGAGAAUGUGGUGUCUCCAGCUGUUGUUAGAAAGCACCUCUUGCCGCAAGACAUACCAAAACGAUGUCGUCUUUUAGCCAGAAGGCAGAAGUACAGUCUAUGGCCAGACUUGCUGUGUUUGAAUGCCAAAGCGUGGGCUUACUCCUCUUCUCCAAAGAUGAAUGAAAAGACAUCAGCCUGGCCUUGAAGAGAUGCAUGUGUGAGCUGGGAGAGGCAAUGACGCAGCUGUGUGGCAGCAUGAAGUGGUGGUGUCCUCAGACUGCAGAGUGGAGGAACUAGCACUGGGCAUGGAGGGAGAACUCUGCUCAUAAGGUUCUGUAGAAAGUGAAGAUGGGAUCUGGCUGCCUGAAAGUCACAAAGUACUUCCUUUUCCUCUUCAACCUCCUCUUCUUUAUCUUGGGUGCUGUGAUCCUGGGCUUCGGAAUAUGGAUCCUGGUUGACAAAAAUAGCUUCAUCUCAGUUCUACAGUCCUCAUUGUACUCACUGAAGGUUGGGGCAUACAUUCUCAUUGGAGUUGGGACCGUCACAAUGUUGAUGGGGUUCCUAGGCUGCAUUGGAGCAGUCAAUGAGAUUCGCUGUCUCUUGGGGCUGUACUUCACCUGCCUGUUGUUGAUCCUCAUAGCCCAGAUAACUGCUGGCCUGCUCAUCUACUUCCAGCAGAAUUUACUCAAAACUGAAAUGUCUAGGAUUAUUGGUGACCUCAUCCAGAAUUACAACCCUCAUGAUGAUAAGAAUAAGACCCUUGAGACUGCAUGGGACUAUGUCCAGUCACAGCUGUCUUGCUGUGGCUGGACUGGACCAGAAAGUUGGAAAAACAACACAUUCCUCCAGGACAGAAACCAGACAGCCUACCCUUGCUCUUGCAGCAGUGACUCGGCUGACUCCAUGCAAGAAGUGGGCUUCUGCUUUUUGGGCACUGCUUCCAACACCACAACAGUUGAUGACUGGCCAGUUACAAAUCAGGGGUGUAAGGAAGGUGUGCAGAAUUGGUUACAGGAGAAUCUUGGCAUCAUUCUUGGAGUCUGCGCUGGGGUUGCUGUCAUUGAGCUCCUGGGAAUGGUGCUCUCCAUUUGCCUCUGCAAGAACAUACACACUGAGGACUACACCAAAGUGCCCAAAUACUGAGACUGCUGGCCUCAGGAGCUGUCCCAGAGCAAAUGGACCAUUUCCUUCCUCAUAGCCAGACUGUCUUCAUCACUUACCAUUCCUCCUGUGACAUCCAGCAUCGCUAUGGAUCAAUUAGGCUGCACUGCAGCGAUGAAUUCUUUGAGGGAUCAGGGGCUUGGGCAGCCCCUCCUUAUCUCUUGACUGUUCUUCUAUGAAGCUGCCCAUUUUUACGUCUUCCUCUACCCGUGUGAUGCCCUGCACCUUUAUUGCCAGCUCUGCACUAGAUAGCUUCUUCCUUAUUUUUAUCCACUUCUGGCCCAUUGUGACUACACUUACAAUACUUACCUUUCUUUCUUUCUUUCUUUCUUUCUUUCUUUCUUUCUUUCUUUCUUUCUUUCUUUCUUUCUUUCUUUCUUUCUUUCUUUCUUUCUUUCUUUCUUUUCUUUUCUUUUCUAUUUUUUUGCCCCUUUCUACUACCAUUGCUAUGUGUACAUAUGCCUUCUAUUAUUUUCUGCUGGGAAGAACCUUUUGGGGCUUUGACUGUUGGUGGUGGUUUGGGGUCUCUUCUAAACACAGAGAUGCGAUAGAAAGGAGCAUCCUUUCUCUAAUUGACACCUCUACCUUUCUUAACUUUGCUUCCUCAAAUCUACCAAAUUGUGUCUCUAGAAUUUGUUGCAUAAUUUUGCUAUAUUUCUCUCCCCUCACCCCCCACCAGAUAAUUCCUGUUCCAUUCACAAUCUCCAGUGAUUUCAGUUGGAUGGAGGAUUAGCCCAGGCACCAGUUUGUGAUUUCACCAGUUAGCAGUUACCCUCUGGACAGAGGUGUUGGCUUGGGUGAUUUGAUUUUUUUAAAAUCUCUCUUCCCUGCCACACUCAUCUUCCUUCCUGGAUCCUGUUAGCUUGGAGGCACUUUAGAGACUGCACUUAUAGCAUGGGAGAGUCUGUGCAGGCUUCCUGGAAUAUGUUCUUUGGUUGCCAACUUUAAUAGAGGUGAUGAGUGGGGCUAUAUAUUCUCCACCCACCCCGAAUGAAUCUUCUGUAACAGUACAUUAUGGUAAAAGCAUACCUAGAAUUGAUGGCUUUUCAUACCAGUGGUGGUGGAGAGCACUUCUUCUGGCCGUUAGCUUACAUUUGUUACUGAGAGCAGCGACUCCUUCCUGUUCAUCUAAAUAUCUAUUUUGGUGCUGUCUGAAUCCAGAGAUGCAUGUAGCAGGAAGUCACUCUGAUGGCCUCUGUAUCGGUGUUUCACUGAGAGGUGUUUUUUGUACCCAAUAGCCAUACUAGGUUCUGUUCCAGGAGUGAGAGCAUGGAAGGCAAUGCAGUCCCAUGAAGGGAAUCCCUCACUUUGGGGACAGUGAAAGUCUAGUAGUACAUCAGCCCCGUAGGAAAAAAAGGGGGCAAGUAGUGAUCACAUUCAGAUUAGUGAUUGCUCCUGAGCCUCAUGGCACUGACUGUUUUAUGGAGAGCUUCAGUUUUAGCACUAAGAUGGCACUUGAUGGAAACUCUCAAAUUUUGGACAAAGAAUGUCUAGGUUCUUCCGUAUGCUGAGAGUCCUUUAUCUCCUUGAAUGUACAGGUCAGCCAGUCUGUGCACUAUUGCUGUGUCCCAGUACAGGACAGGAAGACUCAUGGAUCAUUGAGAGUCUACAAGAAGAUUUAAACCAUUGCCCUGAGUAGAGAAUUUUAAUAGGCUUGAGAUAGUUAAUUCAACUUCCAAACCUGGGAAGAGCAUCUUGUAACUCCAUCCACCCCAGGACACAAAUGUGACUAGUUUUUAAGUGACUACCGGUGGUGAUAAAUGCAAGAAAAGACUAUUCUAACAAUUUUCCUUUGUUUCUCGGGCUAGAGUCAAGUGCAGCAAAAGCAUUGGAUAAUUCAUGCAGGAUUGGUCCAUUUAAAAGUUCUGGCAAACAAAGUUUGGAAAAGGGAUUUUUCUGGGUGUGAUUGUUUAAAGUUUGCUCUUGUUUCCACCAGUCUUGUGUUUCCUUUUUUGAACUGAUUGUAAGGCUUCAGUUUUAUAUUCACCUCUUGUGCUUCGAUUGAUAAGCCACUUUGAUUGAUGUUGUUUAUGUUAUUGUUCUUCUCUUGGAUUUAGCUCUGAGCAGAAGAAAAGCUGAGCCCCUUCUGGAUUUCUCCCUUUUGUUUUUAGAAACCUUCCAGCUGGAAGAAAUGCAUGUACAGAUUUAAAACAAAUAAUGGAUGGGUAUUUCAGUAAUAAAAAUAUUUGCUUAAAAAAACUAAAUGCUUGUAUUUUCAGUGUCUGUCUAUGUAUCACAUACCGUUGAAGUAGCCUUCAGUAUUUUUAGGGUGGUAAUGUAGAAUCUAGUCUUGCUUGAGGUGGCUGGUUUUCAUUUCACAGACAGAACUGGAGUGUGUGUAAAUAUUUUGCAUAUAAAGUACAUUUGGGGCAAUGACAUGAUAGCAAUGCAGUACACUAAUUAUUCAGAUAGCACGUGGCUUAGACUAUUUAUCUAGAAUUGUAUUUGAUAACAGAGAGAAUACUUGUUACCAAAAACCUUGGUAACAAAAGUCUGGUCACCUUACUACUAUGAAACUCCUAACCAGCUGUCUCUAGUAUCUUCUAAUAAUACUAUUUCUUGUCCACUAGGGGGUGCUGAUGCUAUAUGAAAAUCCUGGCAACAGUGUAGUGACUGUAGUCUAUAAGAUAGCUAUAGGACAGCAGCCCUGCUCAAUCAUCUUGUUCUUGGAGUGGAAUUCGUUCACUUGGAAACUAUACAUUUUGACUGGACAACGUACACAGUUCUUAGUUUAGAUUGUCAGUCUACGCACAUUCCCCACACUUUUCUAUGAAUUGCUGGUGCAACUGGCUUCCAGUUGUUUUCCGGGCUCAAUUCAAGGUGUUGGUCUUAACCUUAAAUCCCUAUACGGUCUCGGCCCAGUUUACCUGAAGGAGCACCUCCAGUACCACCAACUAAGCCGCCCAACCAGAUCAGCCACACAGGGCCUUCUCUCCGUCCCACCAACGAAAACAGCUAGGUUGGUGGGGACUAGAGAGAGGGCAUUCUCAGUGGCAGCCCCCACUCUCUGGAACUCCCUCCCGUUCGAUCUUCGCCAUGCCCCUUCCCUAGAUACAUUUCGCCGAGCCUUAAAAACAUGGCUCUUUGGACAGGCCUUUGGGGUCCCCGGG